UGAUGGAUCACGGAAAACACUGAAACACUGACAGGAAAUGAUCACUAUCACGUACACACUGACAGUACAUUUCAUUAUUUUGAUUUGCUGUAUAUAUAAAUAAAUGAAAUGAAUACUACUUAAACUAAAUGGCUAAGUUAAGAAAAUCAGAUAUUGGUAUAUCAACAUUUUUGGCCUCCGUGCAUCCAGCUAACACAUGUGGAACGAAUGGACUCCCUCUUACACCAAACUCAAUUGUUAUCUAUGGAAGAUUUCAGAGACUGAAAACUUUACAUCAUCCAAAUCUGUGUGAAUAUCUGGAUAUUGUCCGUGGCAAGCAUGAACGUUUAGUUGUGGUGGCUGAACAUCAUAAAGUCUGCUUACAUGAUGUUCUAGAGAAAAACAGAUUUAGAGAUUUUGACAUAAUUAAAGGAAUUGCAUGUGACAUCAUCAUGGGGUUGGCGUUUCUGAAUAAACAGAAUAUAGUUCAUAGAUCAUUAACUUUAGACAACAUCUUACUAGACAUUAAGGGAAAUGUCAAAUUGUCUAAAUUCGGACGUUUCUUUAUGACUAACAAUGGCACUGCUGUGGAUUUUCCAAUUGGAUCACCAAGAUAUCUUGCACCAGAAAUCUUGCUACGAGGUCCGCAGUCUUCAAACCUGUCAGGUGCAUGCAGCGCAAAGGCGGACGUUUGGUCUCUAGGAAUCAUUUUAACUGAGCUUGUUAUGGGCAAACUAAUUUGGGGCAAUCUGACCAAGAAAUCAGACAUUAAGAAAAUAUUAGAAAGAACACUGUCAUUAUUAAUAAAGGAAAAGGAAACUGGCGAAAGUCCAUUUUGUUUACUGCUGAAAGAGCACGAUGCAGCAGAUAUACUAAAGGGAAUUCCAGCAAACUUACGUUCUUUUAUUGAAUGUUGUCUUACCAUUAAGCAUUCCAAAAGGCAAAGUCCAAUGGAUCUUCUUAACCACCAGCUUUUUUCAGACUUAAAUACAAUUAAUAAGGCUAGUGAUGAAAUUCAUAUGGAAGUAUUUCCUGCGAUAUUUAGGUCUGGAGAUCUUGAGCUACCUGUGGAUUCUCCGAAAAAGAGCAUACCUGGAGAAGAUCGACUGCAGGAAAGAUAUAUUAGAGAAGUAUAUCAUUUGUGGACGCUAGCUGGUGGGGAUGUUUUUGCUGAGCUGAAAAAACACGACUUGAUCAAGACAUUUCCCCCUGUUUGUAAUUUGCCCAAUGUUAUAUUACAAGGUGGUGAUACCCUUGGCGUUGCGAAAGACAGAAAUCUGUUGCUUGAUGAUAGUGUUGUUUGCUUGUCUUUGGAAAGAGUUAGAGAGCGAUUAUCUCAUGUGGAACCUAGUGCGUAUUAUCCACUACUAGCUCAAAAAGAUCCCUGUCCUUUUGAAUUAAGUGAAAUGGAGAGUUUACCAGUUGUUAUCCGGGAACGUGAUGUAGAAUAUCAGUUUCGUCGAAUUGUCAUUUUCCAGAGAUUGCUUGAAGGUUAUCCUUUCACAAGAGAUAAAAUCAUUAAAGAGGCUCGUGUUGAUAUCCCUCCUCUGUUACGCGCUCAGGUCUGGGCAGCGUUGCUUAAUGUUACGGGUAAUGUUCCCCUUACCUAUGAUGACAUUGACAAGGAUUCUGUUACUCCAACAGAUAGACAGAUUGAAGUCGACAUUCCUCGUUGUCAUCAAUAUCACCAGCUUCUUGCUUCACCAACGGCCCACGAGAAAUUUAAGAGAUUGCUGAAAGCUUGGGUUGUCUCCCAUCCUGGCUUAGUUUAUUGGCAAGGCUUAGAUUCAUUGUGUGCUCCAUUUCUGUCACUCAAUUUCAAUAAUGAAGCUUUGGCGUUCAGUUGUCUCAAAUCUUUUAUUCCGAAGUAUCUUUAUAAUUUUUUCCUCAAAGAUAACUCUCACAUAAUUCAAGAAUAUCUCGCUGUAUUUUGUCAUUUGAUUGCGUUCCAUGAUCCUGAAUUGUUUAGUCACUUAGACGAAACGGGGUUUCAACCAGAGCUUUACGCCAUUCCCUGGUUCCUGACAAUGUUCACACACGUGUUCCCGCUUCAGAAAAUCUACCAUUUAUGGGAUACCUUACUUCUUGGUAAUUCUUCCUUUCCGCUGUAUAUCGGUGUGGCAAUUUUGCAACAGUUGCGUGCUCAGCUUCUGACUUAUGGCUUUAAUGAAUGUAUUCUUCUCUUCUCUGAUAUGCCAGAGAUUGACAUUGAACGUUGUGUUCAAGAUUCAAUCAAGAUUUUUCAAUCCACCCCCAAGAGUAUCGCGGCACGUCAACAUGAUAACAUAACUACCAAUGAUAUGUCUGAGGGAAAAGCCAAAGCAAAAACGGAGAAGGAAUUUCUCUCAGUGGAGCAGUUAAAAUCGGAAAAAUGUCCUCGACUCUCGUUGCAAGAUAUGCUUCAGAUAUUGGAUAUAAGAAAUGAUCAGACGGUUUCUCCAAGUGUUCUAACAUCGAAAUCAAAAUCGUGGGGUAUUGUUGUUGAUAUAAGACCACCAGAAGAUUAUAACCGUGGCCAUCUUCCAGGAAGUAUCAACAUGCCAUCGAAUCAAACAUUUUCUGAAGAUAAUAAACUAGUGCCUUGUGAGAGUGCAACAAUUUUGCAAGCUUCGAAAGGGAAAAUAAUUAUUAUUCUUGGUGGGCGGUCAAACAAUUCUCCCAAGUUUGCAGAAGAACUUGUUAAGAAGCAUUUUCCAAGAGUAUGCGUUCUGGAUGCUGGUUUGAACGCCAUGCGAACUAUUGGGCUAAUGUCCGUCGUCCCUGUUUAGACUCCGACCGAAAAAGAAUUUCAUUAAAGACAAUGUGUCUGAGGGAGACCAAACUAUCCGUUCAUUUUUUUAAUGAUAUUUGAAUAAUAUAUAUGGUUUACAAUGAAUACGACGAUCACCCAAACAAACGAUUGGAUAAAAAUCAUUAUUUUAUGAUUUUUUACAUUGACUUUUAAAUAUAUCUUUGCAAGUUG